GCAGCACGGGCUGCCAUGGGCUCCGUGGGAAGCCAGCGCCUCGAGGAGCCCAGUGUGGCGGGCACGCCGGACGGGAGCCUGGUGACGAGCUUCAACUUUGACAGCUGCCAGCUGGAUGAGGAGGCAGCGGCGGGGGCCGCUCAGGGCCAGGGCGGGGGCGCCGGGGGCGGCCCGAUUUCCCCAGACUCUGCGGCAGAGGAGCCAGCGCCCGACGACCGCUACCACGCCAUCUACUUUGCGAUGCUGCUGGCCGGCGUGGGCUUCCUGCUGCCCUACAACAGCUUCAUCACCGACGUGGACUACCUGCAUCACAAGUACCCAGGGACCUCCAUUGUGUUCGACAUGAGCCUCACCUACAUCUUGGUGGCGCUGGUGGCCGUGCUCCUGAACAAUGCACUGGUGGAGAGACUGAGCCUGCACACCAGGAUCACCGCCGGCUACCUCCUGGCCUUGGGCCCCCUCCUCUUUAUCAGUGUCUGUGACGUGUGGCUGCAGCUCUUCUCUCGUGACCAGGCUUACGCCAUCAACCUGGCUGCGGUGGGCACCGUGGCCUUCGGCUGCACAGUGCAGCAAUCCAGCUUCUACGGGUACACGGGGAUGCUGCCCAAGAGGUACACGCAAGGGGUGAUGACCGGGGAGAGCACUGCGGGCGUGACGGUGUCCCUGAGCCGCAUCCUCACCAAGCUGCUGCUGCCGGACGAGCGGGCCAGCACGCUCAUCUUCUUCCUGGUCUCCGCCGGCCUGGAGCUGCUCUGCUGCCUGCUGCACCUGCUGGUGCGCCGCAGCCGCUUCGUGCUCCGCCACACGGCGCGGCCCCGCCACAGCCGCCCGGCCGCCCGGCCCCGCUACUGCGUGCACCACGACGUGGCCGCGGGGGACGUCCACUUCGAGCACCAAAGCCCAGCCCUGGCUAACUGCGGGUCCCCGAAGGACAGCCCAGCCCACGAGGUGACCAGUGGCCACGGGGGUGCCUACACGCGCUUCGACGUGCCUCGGCCGAGAGUCAAGAGGAGCUGGCCUUCCUUCCGAGCGCUGCUGCUGCACCGCUACAUGGUGGCCCGCGUCAUCUGGGCCGACAUGCUCUCCAUCGCCGUGACCUACUUCAUCACGCUGUGCCUCUUCCCGGGCCUCGAGUCUGAGAUCCGCCACUGCAUCCUGGGCGAGUGGCUGCCCAUCCUCAUCAUGGCCGUGUUCAACCUCUCUGACUUCGUGGGCAAGAUCCUGGCGGCCCUGCCCAUGGCCUGGCGGGGCCCCCACCUGCUGGCCUGCUCCUGCCUGCGCAUGGUCUUCAUCCCGCUCUUCAUCCUGUGCGUCUACCCCAGCGGCGCACCCGCCCUCCGCCACCCGGCGUGGCCUUGCGUCUUCUCCCUGCUCCUGGGCAUCAGCAACGGCUACUUCGGCAGCGUACCCAUGAUCCUGGCGGCGGGCAAAGUGAGCCCCAAGCAGCGGGAGCUGGCAGGGAACACCAUGACAGUGUCCUACAUGACUGGGCUGACGCUGGGCUCCGCCGUGGCCUACUGCACCUACAGCCUCACCCGGGACGCCCACGGCAGCUGCUUCCCCACCUCCCCCGCCAACGCCUCCUUCCCGGCCGGCCUCUGAGC